ACUCUACUUCCCGCUGCGCUACGAGUCGGUAACGAAAAAGAUCAAACCUUGUAUGCAGUCUCCAUAGUGGUCCUGGGCUGGUGCGUAGGUCAGAAUUUUUUUGUUUUCUGCUGCGUUACCCUUCACGGCCAUGCUGUUAUCGAGUUCUAGGUCCAAAGCCAGGUUCCGCCUAACACAGGUUGUGCGGACGAUCACUGCUAGUGACGACAAUGCCUACCGCUGCGUGUACCAGGAGGAAGAUGACGAGGGAAUCAAGGGCGCCAAUCUGUCAAAGAACCUCAUGGCUAUUGCUGGAGACGCUCUCAAGGCCAACAUCACGGCCAUGGGGCCACUUGUCUUGCCUACAUCAGAGCUGAUCAAGUUUCUUCUUGUCUCCUUGGCGAGGAAGGUGCUCCUUGGGAGGAGGAUAAGGCCUUACAUUCCCAAUUUCCAUACAGCGUUCGAGCACUUCUGCAUCCACGUCGGUGGACCAGCGGUGAUCAGCUCGGUACAACGUGGACUUAAUCUAUCAUAUGAGCAUGUUGAGCCUUCAUGGAUGACAUUGCAUCAAUUCGAAAAUCAGUCAAGUGCAUCUGUGUGGUAUGAGUUGGGAUACAUAGAAGCUAAGGGUCGAAUGCUAAAAGGUAAUAAGGUCUGGAUGAUUGGUUUCGGAGCUGGGUAUGAAUGCAACUCCGCGGUGUGGGUGUGCAUCCAUACAUCUCACGGUGACCAUGGGCCAUGGGCUAGGUGCAUCCAUCGAUACCCGCUAGAUGUGCAGAAAUAAAGUUAACUUGUCUAUGCUUUCAUGAAGAAGAUCACAGGCAACAAAUGUACAAAAUUGAAACCAUCCAUUGCUAAAAAACAUUCUGCUGAGUGCCCCACUCGACCAUCGAUAGUUUUUUGGAUUGUUUUAUUCUAUUUUUUUGUUAUCAUUAAGCAA